CAACUUAAAUUAUUACAGUGUAAUAUUCCCUCGCUUCCUUUUUUAUUCUCACAUUUAGAUUACAGUUUUUCGAAUGGGGUCUGAGGGACAACAGGAUAUAGAAAUGGCCAUCCUUACUGCUUUGUUAAAAGGAACAAACGCAUCAGCAGCAGACCAGCUCAGUUUGGCUCUGGCCUGGAACAGAGUGGAUAUCGCACGAAAUCACAUCUUUGUUUACGGACACAAUUUGCCACCUGCUGGUGCUAUUGCCAACACUACAACCACUGCAGCCCCGUCUCAGGAGAAACAGAAGAGUCCUGCGAGCGCUCCUCGCAGCAAGACCCGGGCCAAAAAGGGGAAAGGGAAGGGAAAGGCAAAACCUGAACCACCAGAGGAAACAGAUCCAAGGAAGUUGGAGUUGAUUCGCUGGGUGAACUCACUGGAGCAGGCUAUGAUGGAUGCUCUGGUGCUGGACAGAGUGGACUUUGUCAAACUGCUCCUCGAGAAUGGAGUCAACAUUCACCACUUCCUCACCAUUCCCAGGCUGGAGGAGUUAUACAACACGAAACUUGGCCCUGCAAAUACACUGCAUGCUGUGGUUAGGGAUGUCAAAAAGGGAAACCUUCCUCCAGAUUAUCAAAUUACUUUAAUUGAUAUUGGUCUGGUGCUGGAAUACCUCAUGGGCGGAGCUUACAGAAGCAAUUACACCAGGAAAGCUUUCCGUAACCUCUACAAUAAUCUAUAUGGACUAAAAAGGCCCAAAGCUCUGAAGCUUCUAGGAAUGGAGGAUGAUGAACCUAGGCCAAAAGGCAAGAAAAAGGCAAAAAAGAAGAAAGAGGAGGAGGUGGAAAUUGAUGUGGAUGACCCUGAAGUCUGUCGUUUCAAGUAUCCCUUCCACGAGCUGAUGCUGUGGGGGGUGCUGAUGAAGCGCCAGAAGAUGGCACUAUUUCUCUGGCAGCGUGGCGAAGAGGCUAUGGCAAAGGCUUUAGUGGCUUGUAAACUGUAUAAGGCCAUGGCUCAUGAGUGCUCUGAGAGUGAACUGGUGGAUGAUAUCUCCCAAGAUCUGGAAAACAACUCCAAAGAAUUUGGACAACUGGCCUACGAAUUAUUGGACCAGUCCUACAAGCACGAUGAACAGGUGGCCAUGAAACUCCUAACAUAUGAGCUGGUUAACUGGAGUAACUCCACCUGUCUGAAGCUGGCUGUGGCUGCUAAGCAACGUGACUUCAUCGCUCACACCUGCAGCCAGAUGUUGCUCACUGAUAUGUGGAUGGGCUGCUUGAGGAUUGGAAAAAGCCCGGGCCUGAAGGUUAUUUUGGGAAUCAUCUUCCCUCCUCUGAUUCUGCUGUUGGACUUCCGCCUUGGAGACGAUGCCUCUUAUCAGGCACCUGCACGCAAAGAAGAGGGAAAGGACAAAGAUGAUGACACAAAAUCCAGCAAGGAUGCCAACACUGAUGCAACUUCCCGAAAAGGAGACGAAGAAGAGGAUAGCACCAAAAUCCAUAAAAUCCCAGUUGGCAAAAGAUUCUUUGAGUUUUAUAAUGCACCUUUCACCAAAUUCUGGUUUAACACAAUCUCCUAUCUGGGCUAUCUGAUGCUGUACAACUACAUUAUCCUGGUGAAAAUGGAGCGAUGGCCAUCUAUACAAGAGUGGACCGUCAUAGCUUACAUCCUCACACUUGGCACUGAAAAAGUCCGACAGAUUCUGAUGUCAGAACCAGGGAAGCUGAAACAAAAGAUAAGUGUGUGGAUGGAGGAGUACUGGAACAUCACAGACCUGGUUGCCAUAUCCACGUUCCUUCUGGGGCUAAUGCUACGGCUACAGCCUGAACCGUACAUGGGCUAUGGCAGGGUUAUCUACUGUAUAGACAUCAUCUUCUGGUACAUUCGUGUAUUGGACAUCUUUGGUGUCAACAAAUACUUGGGACCUUAUGUGAUGAUGAUAGGGAAAAUGAUGAUUGAUAUGAUGUACUUUGUGGUAAUCAUGCUGGUGGUGCUUAUGAGCUUUGGAGUGGCUCGACAAGCCAUACUUCAUCCAGAUGAGGAGCCAACAUGGCGCCUGGCCAGAAACAUUUUCUACAUGCCUUAUUGGAUGAUCUAUGGGGAGGUUUUUGCAGACUCGAUAGACCUCUAUGCAAUGGAAAUCAACCCUCCAUGCGGUGAACAUUUAUAUGAUGAGGAUGGGAAGAAACUCCCCCCAUGUAUCCCUGGUGCCUGGCUCACACCUGCUAUUAUGGCCUGUUACCUUCUCGUAGCAAACAUUCUUCUGGUCAAUUUGCUCAUUGCGGUCUUCAACAACACCUUCUUUGAAGUCAAGUCAAUUUCCAACCAAGUGUGGAAGUUUCAGAGAUAUCAGCUGAUCAUGACUUUCCAUGACCGUCCCAUUCUACCGCCACCUCUCAUCAUCCUCAGCCACCUCUAUAUCCUCUUCAACAGGAUGUUCAAGCGAUGUGCCAGGAAGAAACAGGAAGGAGAGCUAGAUGAGAAAGACCGUGGCCUCAAGCUCAGGUUGAAUCCAGAGGAGCUAAAAUUUCUAUACGAGUUUGAAGAACAGUGUGUCGAGGAAUAUUUUAGAGAGAAAGAGGACGAGCAACAGUCUUCCAGUGACGAACGCAUCAAGGUUACUUCAGAGAGAGUUGAGAAUAUGUCAAUGCGUCUGGAGGAGGUAAAUGAGAGGGAGAACACGAUGAAGGCCUCCCUGCAGACGGUGGAUCUGCGUCUGGCCCAGCUGGAGGAGCUCCAUGGACGUAUGGCAACCGCCCUUGAAAAGCUUGCAGGUGUGGACAGGUUAGAGCUGACUCGAACCUAUUCGCGAAACUCAUCGGUGUGCGAUCCUUCCAAUCUCCUUCGCCAAGGCAGCAUUAACAGUGCUGACGGUUACAGUCUUUACCGCUUCCACAUGGAUAUGGAAGAGUUUGCAUCCAGGCAGAAGGACACAGAAGACACAACAAAAACCGGCCUAGAAAGACAGCGGAGUCUGCGGCAAGCCUCAAGUAUGUGCACUCUCAACACCAAGGAAGGUGGUCAGAGCUCAGAGUCCGGAGGUUUCGAGAGACCUCCGCCAAGCUCAUUUGUAGAUAUUCUCAUAUCUCCGUGUGAACAAAGGCCCUCUUCUGCAACAUCAAGUCAAGAAGCAAUAACAAACAUAAAACAAGGCAGCACGAUGUUUCUAGACAGACUACCAGACAAAAACAGACUGAGGCCUUUGUCCCCUCCGAAAAGGACAAAAUCGUUGAAACACUAUCCAGUUGAAGACCAAUUCAUUUCUCCUUUGACAAAGAGGAGGUCUAUGAGCACCAUCAUUAUGAACCCCCCUGAUGAACCACAGAAAGCUCCUGAGCCCAUAGACAAAGUCCAGCUGCUGCUAGGAAACUCCUCUUCGCCAAAGAGGACUAAAUCUCUGAGGUACAUCCCUACUGAAAACCAAAGCCAGACUUCUCCCAUCACUAAGAAGAGGGCCAUGAGCAGCAUCCUCUACAAUCCAGCUGAGGCUGGUGAUGAUAUGAUGCAAACUGCAGAGUACAGGUCACUGGUAGAGCACAUUAAUCAAACUCCAAAUCAGUGGCCAUCAAAUUUAGCGUAUCAGGUGCAUCCUACCACUUUGGGUCAAAUGCCUAAAGUAUCAACAGUCAGAACACUCACCCAGCAAUAUCAAACUCAGACUGAGGCAAUUCCUACAGAAAGUACGAGGACUCUUCCAGGAACAGAAACUCCUGAGGAUCCAAAAACAAUCAAGAGAAACCUCUCGGACACCACAGAGUAUCUGACAGCUGCUGAUGAAAAAUAUUUACCCUCUCACAGGUCACAGACCUGGAACGCUAGCGACAGGAGAGCCAAGUCCAUGAUGGUUAGCAAGCAGCUAGCUGCAUCUAGCAGCGAGAGAGUCCUUAACGAAAGCAGAAAGGUGUCAACUUUCGGACAGGCAGAUGAGGAAACAAAAUCAGAUGCAGGAAAGACAGAAGACGAUGUCCAGAAGUAAAAAUGAGAGCCUUAAAAAGAGAAAAUAAACCAGU